AUGCCCACACCCCCCUCAUCCCCGCCCGCCGCUCCCCGCGGGGGCCCGCCCGCGGCCCCGCUCCCCUCCGGCGCUGGCCAGGGGCAGGCUCGGCUUGUUCCUGCCUCCGACUUGCCCCAAGUUAACUCGGUGCGAGAACGUGAAAUAAUCGGGGGCGGCAGUGCGGUGGCUGCGGUUCCCGCUGUCUCCCCUCACACCGCUCCGGCGAGCGGCGCCGGGCGGGUGCCGUGGGAACCCCGGCAUUUCGCCCUUCGUCCUCCCGCAUCCCGCCGGGAAGUGCCGCUCAGUGCCGCUGCGGGGGGCCCUGCCAUUAUUGUGCAGACUUGGAUUAUCACUUGCUUUUGUCUUCAACUACUCCUACUUAAUCCUCUUGUCAAAGCCCAGAGUUCCUGCGGGAAUCCAGUUACAGAUGAUGUGAAUGAUAUUGCAAAAUUGGUUGGAAAUCUCCCAAAUGAUUAUAUGAUAACCCUUAAACAUGUCCCGAAGAUGGAUAGUCUGCCUAAUCACUGUUGGUUGCAUUUGAUGGUGCCUGAAUUUUCAAGGAGUCUACAUAAUCUUCUCCAGAAAUUUUCAGAUAUUCCAGAUAUGUCAGAUGUUUUAAGCAACUAUUCAAUCAUCAAUAAUCUCACAAGGAUAAUUAAUGAUCUUAUGGCAUGCCUUGCUUUUGAUAAAAACAAGGAUUUUGUAAAAGAAAAUGGUCACCUUUAUGAAGAAGGUCACUUCAUUCCUGAGGAUUUUUUUAGGCACUUUAAUAGUACCAUUGAGGUCUACAAAGAGUCUGCAGACAGAUUGGAUAAAAAUGACUGCAUUCUGCCUUCAACAGUAGGAACACCUGAGAAUGAUUCCAGAGUCGCUGUCACAAAAACAUUUUUGUUUCCUCCUGUUGCUGCCAGCUCUCUUAGGAAUGACAGCAUUGGCAGUAGCACUAGCAGUAACAAAGAAGCACUUGGCUUCAUUAGCAGCUCCAGCCUGCAAGGGAUCAGCAUAGCACUGACAUCAUUGCUGUCUCUCUUUAUUGGCUUUAUUUUGGGAGCCAUAUACUGGAAGAAAAUACAUCCCAAAUCCAGACCAGAAAGUGAUGAAACUACACAGUGUCAUGCCUAUCAAGAGGAAAAUGAGAUAAGUAUGUUACAGCAAAAAGAAAAGGAACAUCUACAAGUGUAG